CGUACCUUAUAUCUUCUCUAUUCCUCCAAUUCAGUAUCUCUUCGUUCUUUCUCAAUCACCCUUAUUCUCUCCUAGAAAAUCAUUCAACCAUGUCCUCCCUAACUAAAACAACAAUCUUCUCCCUCCUCCUCCGCCUAUCCCUAGCCGGCACCCCAGAAUCCUGCCCAGCAAAUGCCGCCGACCUCUCCUGCUCCGGGUCCUCCACCAACACCUGCUGCAUCAACUCCCCCGGUGGCCUCUUCCAACAAGUACAAUUCUGGGACACCGACCCCGCCACCGGUCCCAGCGAUUCCUGGACCAUCCACGGCCUCUGGCCCAAUAACUGCGACGGCACCUACUCCGAAUCCUGCGACUCAUCCCGCGCUUACACCGACAUUACGACCCUGCUGAAAAAUGCGGGAGAGACGAGUACGUUGAGCUAUAUGCAGACGUACUGGCUUAGCGACGAUGAGAGUGAUGAGAAGUUCUGGGAGCAUGAGUGGAGUACGCAUGGGACGUGUAUUUCGACGCUUGAGCCGAGUUGUUAUACGGAUUACACCACUGGUGAAGAGGCGGUGGAUUUCUUUGUCAAGGUUGUGGAGCUGUUUCAGGGUUUGCCUACUUAUACUUGGUUAGCAAACGCAGGCAUCACGCCGUCAGACGACACCACCUACGCGCUCUCAGCCAUGGAAUCCGCGCUCGAAUCCGCGUUCGGUGCACCUGUCAUUUUGCUGUGUCAGGAUACUAAUGUUGUAUAUGAGAUUUACUAUGGGUAUAAUACAGAUGGUAAUUUGCAGAAUGGGACGUUCAUCCCGACGAGUAAUGUGGGGACUUCGACUAAUUGCCCGAAAACGGUGAAAUAUCCUACUAAGUAAGUGGGGAAUGUGAUGCGUGUGGAGGGAUAUUUGAAGUUUUGAAAUCUGUAAGAGUGCUGAUGUUGGGGUUGUUGGUAGGGGUGAGACGACCGUGGCGAAGAAGACGAGGGGUAGAGAGAGGCCGGGUGGUGAGGAGGUCCAGGGGAAGGUUGCUGGUGAUUCGAAGAGCAAGGUUGAGUUGUGAGUUUGGCUAUUGUACUUAGU